AUGACGAUUACCGGCGUCAAUUCAAAUGUUCUGAAAAAAGGUAAGUGAGACGAAGACGAAUUCAAUCGGUUUUAGUGUAUUUUAGUAUUACUUUCUUAAAUUUCAUAAAACAAUGAAAUUAAGGCGAUCCCGAGCCGUCAGCACCUGCGGCUGGGACCUAUCGUCUCUACAACAUGAGAUUCUGUCCUUGGGCCGAACGGGCACUCAUUUAUCUGUCAGCCAAAGGCGUUCCGUGCGUUGAAAUGUUUUUUUUAAGCGCUUCAAAGAAAUUUUUUCAGAACUGAAGUAGUGAACAUCCACUUGAUGGAGAAGCCAGAAUGGUAUUUCAAAAAGCACUACCAGGGAAAAGUCCCGGCCUUGGAGCACGACGGCCGUGUGAGUGGUUUGAAAUUUGAGAGAGUAAGGAUCGCAGCUAUUUUUGGUCCCCGAAAAAUUUGGAAAAAAAAGUAAGUGAAAUUUUAAGUGCGACAAGGCUAUUUUCUUAAUAGGGAAAAAGAGAAUGAUUUUUUUUAGACUUCUAAUGGUUGGGGCUGAGAAAAUUUCUAAAACAGACACAAUAAAGUUCCUUUGAGCAGCCAUUUUUUGUCUUCUUCCUUUUUUCACGCUAUUUUUCUCCCGUCUUUUUAUAACCGUUACUCUAGACGUUCAACUAUCAGAUUUCAAAAUGAAAGCUCAAUUUGAACCCUUGAAUUCAGAUAGUGAUCGAGUCAGGAGUGAUUCCUGAGUACCUGGACGAUCUUCUGCCCGAAAAUAGGUUCCUCCUUUCGGACCCAUACGAAAAGGCUCAGCAGAAACUCCUUCUGGAACGUCUCAGCGUUGUUGUACCGGCUUUCUACGGACUGUUCUCCUUGAUAAAAGACGCGAGCGCCAAAGAAGAAAAACUGGGAAACUUGAAAAAGGCCUUGGAUGAGGCAGAACAGCUUCUUCAACACGAAUUUUUCUCAGGUUACUGUUUCAUAAUUUUGAAUGGGGGGUUUUUUUUUUAUUUCUAGAGAUAUCAAAAUAGAUGAAAGAAAGGAAAAAUUAUUAACUCAAAUUUUCUCGAUCCAAUGCUACUUUCCAGGUUCCAAGGCUGGAUACGUCGAUUUCUUAAUAUUCCCAUUCUUCGAGCGAAUCUGGUGGGUCAGCGACAUUGCCGGUUUCGCCUUCCCGAGUCCUGAUCAUCCAAAAGUCGCCAAGUGGUUCAAGGCCACCUCUGAGCUUCCUGAGGUCUUUUUGCUUCAAAACAUGGGAAAAUGUUCGCAUUUUCCAGAUCGCUCGUGUCAUUCAGCCCCUAGAGAAAGGACACCUGUUCAUCAAGUCUUAUGCCGACGGAAAGCCAGACUACGAUGUAUAA